AUGCAGAAUGCCCAAGUGUGGCAGGAUGCAGGCGUGGGGUCUUUGGACCUCAAGCGUGCCCUCUCCGCCAUCUCGGAUAUCCCUGAAUCUCUCUUGAGAGCCGAACUCCAGCGACGAAAUGUAGCUCGAGCCUCAGACCCAGCCGGCGAUGCGCCGGCAUGUGGUUCUGGCCAGAGAGGCGAUUAUAAUACACCACUACAUGUGAUGGCUCUUUUCUUGAUACUAGGACUGAGCACAUUUGCCUGCUCAUUCCCCGUCCUUGCGCGCCGGUUCCCUCGCCUUCCGAUCCCCCGCCGCUUCCUCUUCAUCUCAAGACAUUUCGGAACAGGCGUGUUGAUUGCGACGGCCUUUGUCCAUCUCCUACCAACCGCAUUUGUAUCGUUGACCGAUCCAUGUCUCCCGCGGUUCUGGAGCCGAACGUAUCGCGCCAUGGCGGGUUUCGUGGCUAUGAUCGCAGUCUUUGCUGUGGUUUUGGUUGAAAUGUUCUUUGCGAUGAAGGGCGCCGGCCACGUGCACGCGAACGAUUACGAUACCCUCAUGGGAGACAUCGGCCGUGAUUCUAUGGAUGACUUCCAGCACCAGGACUCGAGUUACGCGCAUUUGGGGGCCCGGACGCCGCCUGGCAAUAUUCUCAUGGAAGGUCUACGACAUGAGGACCAUGGGGAUGCCGAAAGGGCAUCCGGCUCUUCACGCGAGUUUGACCGGUCAUCCCUCAGGGGUUCUCACCCCGAUAAGGAGGACGAGGAGGACGAUGGUGAUAUUGAGGGACUUGACCCGUACGCGGAUGAUGUUCCAAUCAAUGGACAGGCGCAACAAGCUUCAGGACUUCACCACCGUCAUCGGGCUCGGGCAAAUGCUAACUACAGGCCCCAGGAUGAGAUGGCCUCGCCGAUGCAAAAUCCACAACGCCAGCUUCUUCAGUGUCUUCUCUUGGAAGCCGGUAUUCUGUUCCACAGCAUUUUCAUCGGCAUGGCUCUCAGCGUCGCGACGGGUACGUCGUUCAUCGUCCUCCUUAUUGCUAUCAGCUUCCACCAGACCUUUGAAGGGUUUGCCCUGGGCUCUCGCAUUGCCUCUCUCAUCCCCGAUCUCUUCUCGCCGUCUUCCGCAAAGCCGUGGCUCAUGUGCCUGGCAUACGGAACGACUACUCCUAUUGGCCAAGCCAUUGGCCUUGUUUUACACAAUUUGUACGAUCCCGCAAGUACAACCGGGCUGCUCAUGGUGGGUAUCACCAAUGCCAUCAGUAGUGGUUUGCUACUGUUUGCGGGUCUGGUGGAGUUGCUUGCCGAAGACUUCUUAAGUGAGUCGAGUUAUGAGACUCUCAAGGGUAGACGGCGCGUUGAAGCUUGUAUAUCAGUUGCCUGUGGAGCUCUCCUGAUGGCAUUCGUGGGGGCUUUUGCCUAG